UGCGGCUGCUGCUGUCGGUCGUCGUCAUGGACUCUCCGUGGGAUGAGCUGACCCUUGCCUUUUCUCGCACGUCUAUGUUCCCCUUUUUUGACAUCGCCCACUACCUGGUGUCCGUGAUGGCGCUGAAGCGUCAGCCGGAUUUGGAACAGGUCACCAUUUCUUGAGUUCUCACCAGACGUAUAUCAUUAAACCUUGGCAUCACAUGUUCACUUGACAGGAUAUGUACACCACAGAAAAUGCACAUCUGCCAACUCAUGUUCACUCCUGGGCACGUUUUGUUGUGUGGAAUGGGGCUGCGGCGGUGGCACGGAAGAACCCUUUUUCAAGCUGGUUUACUGCUAUGCUCCAUUGCUUUGGUGGAGGAAUUUUAUCCUGUGUAUUGCUUGCAGAGCCUCCGUUGAGGUUUCUUGCAAACAACACUAAUAUAUUACUGGCAUCUUCAAUCUGGUAUAUUACAUUUUUUUGCCCGUGUGACCUAGUUUCCCAGGGCUAUUCUUUCCUACCUGUUCAACUCUUAGCUGCGGGAAUGAAAGAAGUGACCAGAACUUGGAAAAUAGUAGGUGGAGUGAAACAUGCUAAUAGCUAUUACAAAAAUAGCUGGAUAGUCAUGAUAGCUAUUGGAUGGGCCCGAGGUGCGGGUGGUAGCAUCAUCACGAAUUUUGAACAGUUGGUAAAAGGAGGUUGGAAACCAGAAGCUGAUGAAUGGCUGAAGAUGUCCUACCCUGCCAAGGUGACCCUACUGGGGUCAGUUAUCUUCACAUUCCAGCACACAAAGUAUCUGGCAGUAUCAAGGCAUAACCUUAUGUUCCUUUAUACCAUGUUUCUUGUGGUCACAAAGAUAACCAUGAUGAUUACAGAGACUGCUACUACUGUGCUUUUUGCUCCUCUUGAGGAUACAUUGGGUCGAAUGCUAUUUGGCUGGCAGCAGCAGUUUUCAUCAUGUGAAAAGAAAAGUGAAACAAAAUCAUCUUUUAAUGGUACUGGUUCAUCGACCUCAAAACCUAUAGCUGUUGCUUCAGAUACUGUUAAAAAGAAACAUACUAAGAAGACUGAGUAAAUUUACUUUAUGAGUUCUAAAGGCAGAAAUUUUUUUCUUAUCUACCUGUCAGAUUGUGAUAAAUACUUCUAUGUAAAUGAUGUGAAAUAAAGAUUAUAUAUAAGGAAUGGAGGUGACAAAAAGAAAGAACUUCUUUCUGUUUCAGGGAGAUUGUCUCUUUCUGGAUUGUAAUUGAGUGUUAUGAGUGUAUCAUGUGAAACUGUUUUCCUAAGUUAUAUCUAAAAAAUUCUGUUGUGAUUAUUUAAUAGUUUUAUGUUGAUAAAGGAGGCUAGAUUUUUUUUCCUAAUGUUAGACAAAGUAAACUUACUAUCAUUGCAAAAUAAUAAAAAUUAAAGCCUUUGUUUUAUUUAGGUAUUUUCAUACACAUUUUAAAUUGAAUCUCUGAGCUUUAGUUCAAAAUUAAACUUAUACUUCAUAUUACCAUUAUAAUUCCUAGAUAUGGAAAACAAUUCCUAUUUAACUUUGAGCACUGAGAAAAGUAGACCUUACCUAAACCACUUUAUAUUAUGAAUGAAAAUAAAUGACUAGUUUAUAUUUCAGAUAUAAACAUUGUAUUUUUUAACCCACAUUAAGUGGAAAAUAUUUGAAAUUUAAUUUUUUAAAUAGUAUUUUUUAGCAAGAACAGAGUAUUGGUAUAAGUCUUGAUCUGAAGUCUGUUUCAUGCCCUUGUUUAUAAUGUUCCUCUUUCUCCAGAGAAAAUUAGGGGUAUAAUUUUUAAUAAAUUACUAAGCCCA